AUGAGCUCCUGGGGCUGCUGGCUGGGGCUGCCACUGCUGCUGACCGCUGUGGCCGGAGGCCUUGGUGGACCAGGAAGCCGAGAGACGGCACCGCAUCGGGUCAAGAGAGGCUUCACUUACCCGGGCACACUGUGGUGUGGGGCAGGAAGCAAUGCCGAGAGCUACGAGCAGCUGGGGACGAGAGGCCUGGGAGAAGGAGGCAGGGCCCGGCCCGGGGGCGCCUCGAGCUCCCCGGCUCUCCUCCUCCCAGGGGAGUACGAGGAGACGGACAGAUGCUGUCGGGAGCAUGACCAGUGCCAGCACGUCAUCGACCCCUUCGCCGUGGGCUACGGCCAUCACAACUUCCGCUGGCACACUGUCAGCCACUGCGACUGCGACACGAGGCUGAAGGAAUGCCUGCGGCAGGCGAAGGAUGCUGCGUCCCGAGCGGUGGGUCAAGCCUUCUUCAACGUGAUCCAGGCGCCCUGCUUCGAGCUCGCCUACGAGGAGGGAUGCGUGGAACGCUACUGGUACGGCUGGUGUAAGAGUUAUGGCCGCGUGCCCCGGGCCGUGCUGCGUGACCCCAUCCUCUAUGAGUUUGGGGGGGAGCUCCUCCAUGCCCCAUCCCCCACCUCCCCACCCGCGGGCAGGCCCAGCCAGCACGCCCCAGCCGGGCCGCGGGCUCGGAAUGAUGAGGCCGCUAAGAAGGGGAGGAAGAAGAAAAGGAAGAAGAGGAAGAGGAAGAGGAAGAGGGGCUCCGCACCCACACGAGGCCCGGGCCCCCGGCUGGCCAUGGAGCUCGAGAGCAGAACCCCGGCGGCCCCACAUUGGGGCGGCCACGCCGCUGCCAGCUUUAACGACGUCCUUCACCACGAGCCCAAAGCAGAGGAGCCGACAGAGGUCAGGACCGCCGGCCGGCCAAAGAGAGGCAGGAGGAAGGGGCACGGAAGAACGGAAGGGCACGGGAGGAAGGCUGAGCCUCCGCGGAGGACGGGGGGCAGGAGUGCCUCCGGCCAGCGUCCGGCCCCCGCCUAGCAGGCCUUCUCCUUGGCUCCUGCAUGAGCACGGAGUGGCCGUAGCCAUGGAGGUGAGGCUGGAGUUUUCUGGUCGGCGUCCAGAGGGUGACAGAAACGGGAAGAACCGUGAAGAGGGCCGGGUGUGAGCGGAAUCCCGAUGAGCCCCUCAAUAAAGCCUGUGGCAGAAUCCCCCCGGGGUGCUGACCUCCGUUCCCUCCCCGGGGAGGGAGAAGGGAUGGGGGCUCGAGUCCUGCGCCAAGCCAGGGCGGC